AGCACACAACGCUCAUUUUUGAGAUCAGUAUUUUUUAAAAUUUCUUUUGGCAACUUUUGAUAAUACUAUUUGUAAACAGUAGUAUCAACAGUAGUAGCAAAUUUUUAGCACCAUAUCCAAACCAGCGAUUGAAAACGUUUUAAUUAAUAUUAAUGGAUAUAAUUAAAGCUGAAAUUGAGAGGAAAAAAAGAUUUCUAGAAGAGAAAAAUCUUGUGACUUCUGGGAAAAAAUAUUUCAAGAGAGGAGAUUUAAUCAAGCAAGUUGAAGAAGAUUACUGGAAAAAACACUAUCCCCAACAAGAAGAUAAUGAAAUUAGUGAGAAUGAGAAGAAGCAAGCUGCUGAAAGCUCAAAGUCUAAAGAAUCAGAAAAUGCACUGCCUCGCAAAGAAGUUGUCAGGAGAUUGAGAGAAAGACAAGAACCUAUAAUUUUAUAUGGUGAAACAGAAUUUGAAGCUUUUCAAAGGUUAAGAAGGUUAGAAAUCCUAGAACCUGAAGUUGAUCGUGGCUUCAGAAAUGAUUUUCAAGAGGCUAUGGAAAAAGUUGACCAGGCUUAUCUAGAUGAGUUAAUGAAAACUCAAGGCAGUGUCGAAGAUGGAAAAUCUGUGAAUGAUGUAAAAGUAGAGGAGGAGAGCACAUCUAUGGAAGAAAUAAAAACUGAAGCUAAAGAGAAGCUUGGGAAAGGAAAUGACAGUGAUGAUGCUAAAGUCAUCUUAAAAUUUUUGCGGUUUUUAAUGCAAGUGUGGGGUCAAAAACUAAAUUCUCGUUCAGAGAGUGAAAAGACAGGUAUGAAGGGGAAAAUGGCAUCAGCCACCUACACUCAAACUCAAGACUAUAUAAGGCCUCUAUUUCGACGCCUGAAGAAAGAAACUUGUCCUGAAGACAUUUUAGAACAUCUGAUUUUAAUUGUUAAAUAUAUGCUGGACCUGAAUUAUGUAGAAGCAAAUGCUGCAUACUUGCAGAUGGCAAUUGGUAAUGCCCCAUGGCCUAUUGGUGUGACUAUGGUGGGUAUCCACGCAAGAACUGGUCGAGAAAAGAUUUUUUCAAGAAAUAUUGCCCAUGUACUCAAUGAUGAAACUCAAAGAAAAUUUAUUCAAGGUUUGAAAAGAUUGAUGACUCAAUGCCAGAGAUUUUUUCCUACAGAUCCCUCCCGCUCCGUUGAAUAUAAUGCUUAAAAAGAAACUCCAUUUCUUUUGUUGUAUCAUAUGUAUAUAAUGUGUGUUUGUUAUUGUGGCUUUGUAUGUGGGAAUGCAUUAAAUAAUUUUAUUUCAUUAA